AUGGACCCCCGAGUACGAAACUUGUAUAGAAACUUGUUGUAUAUGGGCCGAGAUUACCCCGUCCAGUCGGGAGGGUAUGGCAAGUUCCGACAGGUGUUGAAGAAGUCGUUUCAAAGCACUCGUGCUGAAAACGAACAAGAUAUGGCUGCGGCGCUAGAGAAGGGCGAGUAUGUGACCAAAGAAUUGGAGGCCCUCUACUUUCUCUCCCGGUAUCGGGAUCUCAAAAGGAAGUACACUUGA